AUGGUGGUGGUGAUGGUGGUGAUGGUGGUGGUGGUGAUGGUGAUGGUGGUGGUGGUGGUGAUGGUGGUGGUGGUGAUGGUGGUGAUGGUGGUGGUGGUGAUGGUGGUGGUGGUGCUGGUGGUGAUGGUAGUGGUGAUGAUGGUGGUGAUGGUGCCACUGGUGGUGGUGAUGGUGUCACUGGUGGUGGUGGUGAUUUUGGUGGUAGUGGUGGUGGUGGUGAUGGUGUUGAUGGUGGUGGUGGUGAUGGUGGUGGUGGUGAUGGUGGUGAUGGUGGUGGUGGUGAUGGUGGUGGUGGUGCUGGUGGUGAUGGUAGUGGUGAUGAUGGUGGUGAUGGUGCCACUGGUGGUGGUGAUGGUGUCACUGGUGGUGGUGGUGAUUUUGGUGGUAGUGGUGGUGGUGGUGAUGGUGCUGCUGGUGGUGGUGGUGGUUUUGGUUGGGAUUUUGGUUGGGAUUUUGGUGGUAGUGAUGGUGGUGAUGGUGCUGCUGGUGGUGGUGCUGCUGGUGGUGGUGAUUUUGGUUGGGAUUUUGGUUGGGAUUUUGGUGGUAGUGGUGGUGCUGGUGGUGAUGGUAGUGGUGGUGAUGGUGGUGAUGGUGAUGGGGCUGCUGGUGGUGGUGAUGGUGGUGGUGAUGGUGGUGGUGGUGAUGGUGGUGGUGAUGGUGCUGCUGGUGGUGGUGGUGAUGGUGGUGGUGGUGAUGCUGGUGGUGGUGAUGGUGGUGAUGGUGCUGCUGGUGGUGGUGCUGCUGGUGGUGGUGAUGCUGGUGGUGGUGAUGGUGGUGAUGGUGCUGCUGGUGGUGGUGAUGGUGGUGGUGGUGGUGGUGCUGGUGGUGGUGGUGAUGGUGCUGCUGGUGGUGGUGGUGAUGGUGCUGCUGGUGGGAAAAUCGAGGAGGAGGAGGAGGAAGAGGUGCUGCCUGACAACCGCAGCCUUCACUUCUGGUGGUUCGCGCGGCGGCAGCGUCGCGUGUGGUCGCUGCUGCGUCGCUUCCUGCCGACGGUGCGGCUACCGCCUCGUGCCGGCGGUGGUCACCACCACCACCACACCAGCAGCUACGAGGUGA